AUGGCUGGAGCGGGCCCUUGCCGCCCCGCAGCAGCGGCGCCCCCGCGCGGCCGUCCCGCGGCGAGCACCAAGCGGGCUACCUGGUCCAGGUCAUCUACUCGGCCAGAGGUAGCCAGCAUAGAGCCACUGGACCCCAACCAGCAGCAGUGCUCCCAGAAGGCCGUGGUGCAGGCCCGCCUGACCCAACCCACUCGCCUGACCAGCAUCAUUUCCGCGGAGGACAUCACUACUGGACAGGUCUUGCGCUGUGAUGCCAUUGUUGACCUCAUCCACGGCAUUCAGAUUGUCUCCACCACCCGGGAGCUCUACCUGGAAGACUCGCCCCUCGAGUUGAAGAUCCAGGCUCUGGACUCGGAAGGGAACACAUUCAGCACCCUGGCUGGACUCGUCUUCGACUGGACAGUUGUGAAGGACACAGAAGCAGAUGGAUUCUCAGAUUCACACAACUCCUUACGAAUCCUCACUUUCUUGGAGUCAACAUACAUCCCUCCUUCCUACAUCUCCGAGAUGGAAAAGGUGGCCAAGCAAGGGGACACCAUCUUGGUGUCCGGCAUGAAGACUGGGAGUUCCAAGCUGAAGGCACGCAUUCAGGAAGGGGUCUACCAGAACGUCCGCCCCGCAGAAGUCAGGCUGCUGAUCCUGGAGAACAUCCUCCUGAACCCAGCCUAUGAUGUCUACCUGAUGGUGGGAACCUCCAUCCGCUACAAAGUGCAGAAAAUCAGACAGGGAAGGAUCAUAGAACUCAUGAUGCCCUCGGACCAAUAUGAGCUACAGCUUCAGAACAGCAUCCUGGGCACAGAGGGAGACUCGGCCCAGCCUGUAGCCCUCCUGGACCAGGAGACAUCCACUGUCACUGCCCUGCAGCUGGGAAAGAGCAACCUCGUCCUCUGUCACAGGAAUAUCCUCUUCCCUGGCAUCCGCAUGCAAGGGGCUUCCAGGUUACCCAACAGCACCAUUUACAUUGUGGAGCCUGGCUACGUGGGGUUUACAAUUCACCCUGGUGACCGAUGGGUGCUUGAAAUGGGCCGUCUGUACGAAGUCACCAUCGACGUGUUUGACAAGUCUAGCAACAAAGUCUAUGUGACGGAGAACAUUCGAAUUGAAACCGUGCUCCCUGCUGAGUUCUUUGAGGUGCUGUCAUCCUCCCAGAAUGGGUCAUACCAUCACGUCAGAGCCAUCAAGAGGGGCCAGACAACCAUCAGUGCAGCCCUCACCUCUGUGGUGGACCAGGAUGGAGGAGUCCACACAUUACAUGUGCCUGUGUGGAACCAGCAGGAGGUUGAGAUUCAUGUCCCCAUCACCCUCUUCCCUAGCAUCUUGACAUUUCCAUGGCAACCAAAGACAGGCGCCUACCAGUACACAAUAAAGGCCCACGGUGGGAGUGGAAACUUCAGCUGGUCAUCGUCAAGCUCUGCAGUUGCCACAGUCACUGUUAAGGGUGUUAUGACCACAGGGAGCGACACUGGACUCAGUGUGAUCCAGGCACGCGAUGUACAGAACCCUCUACACUUCGGCGAGAUGAAGGUGUAUGUGAUCGAGCCCAGCAGCAUGGAGUUUGCUCCGUGCCAGGUGGAGGCACGAGUGGGCGGGACCUUGGAAUUGCCCCUGAGGAUCAACGGCCUCAUGCCUGGAGGUGCCAACGAGGUGGUCACCCUGAGUGACUGCUCCCACUUUGACCUGCUAGUUGAGGUGGAGAACCAGGGCGUGUUCCAGCCACUCCCCGGGAGGCUCAAGCCAGGAUCCGAGCACUGCAGUGGCGUCCAGGUGCAAGCAGAGGCCCAGGGUCACACCACCCUCCUCGUGAGCUACAAGCACAGCCACAUCCACCUGAGUGCCAGAAUCACCAUUGGUGCCUACCUGCCCCUCCAGGCUGUGGAUCCCUCCUCUGUUGCCUUGGUAACCCUGGGCUCCUCAAAGGAGAUGCUGUUUGAAGGUGGUCCCAGACCUUGGGUCCUUGAGCCUUCCAAGUUCUUCCGGAACAUCACCUCUGAGGAUACGGACAGCAUCAGUCUGGCUCUCUUCGGCCCCCCCGCCUCCCGGAAUUACCAGCAACACUGGGUCCUGGUUACUUGCCGGGCCCUUGGCGAGCAGAUCAUUGCCCUCUCGGUGGGGAACAAGCCCAGCAUUACCAACCCGUUCCCUGCAGUGGAGCCUGCUGUGGUGAAGUUCGUGUGUGCCCCACCAUCCAGGCUCACCCUCACGCCUGUCUAUGCCAGUCCCCAGCUGGACCUGUCCUGCCCACUGCUGCAGCAGAACAAGCAAGUGGUGCCUGUCUCCAACCACCGCAGCCCUCUGCUCAACCUGGCUGCCUACGACCAGCAGGGCCGCCGAUUUGACAACUUCAGCUCUCUGAACAUCCAAUGGGAAUCCACCAAGCCGCUUUUGGCCAGCAUUGAGCUCAGCCUACCCAUGCAGCUGGUGUCCCAGGAUGAUGGGAGCGGCCAGAAGAAGCUGCAUGGUUUGCAGGCCAUCUUGGUGCAUGAGGCUUCGGGAACUACAUCCAUCUCUGCCACUGUGACAGGCUACCAGCAGUCUCACCUCAGCGCAGCCAGAACGAAGCUGCCGUAUGAUCCUCUCUUACCAGUGUCAGCCUCCAUUGAGCUGAUUCUGGUAGAAGAUGUGAGAGUGAAUCCAAAGGAAGUGACCAUCUACAACCACCCUGGAGUCCAGGUGGAACUCCACAUCAGAGGAGGCUCUGGCUACUUUUUCCUCAACACCAGCAUCUCAGACAUCAUCAAAGUGACCUACCAGGAGACCAGGGGCAUCGCCACGGUGCACCCGCUGCUCCCGGGCACCCUUGCUGUCAUGAUCCAUGACCUGUGCCUGGCCUUCCCGGCCCCGGCCAAGGCUGAAAUCUCCAUCUCAGACAUCCAGGAACUGUACAUCCGGGUGGUGGACAAGGUGGAAAUUGGGAAGACAGUCAAGGCGUACGUGCGCGUGCUGGACUUUGACAAGAAGCCUUUCCUGGCCAAGUACUUUGCCUUUAUGGACCUGAAACUCCAAGCAGCCUCCCAGAUUGUCACGCUGGUGGCCCUCAAUGAAGCCCUGGACCACUACACCGCCGCCUUUCUGAUCCACGGGGUGACCAUUGGCCAGACUAGCCUGACUGCAACAGUGACUGAUAAAGCCGGACAGAGAAUCAGCUCAGCCCCGCAGCAGAUUGAAGUGUUCCCCCCAUUCAGGUUGAUACCCAGGAAGGUGACUCUGAUCAUUGGAGCCACCAUGCAGAUCACCUCAGAGGGCGGCCCCCAGCCUCAGUCCAACAUCCUGUUCUCCAUCAGUGAUGCGAGCCUGGCAGCAGUGAGCAGCACCGGGCUGGUGCAAGGCCUCGCCGUGGGCAAUGGCACCGUCGAGGGGGUCGUGCAGGCCGUGGACGCCGAGACGGGCAAGGUCGUGGUGGUGUCUCAGGAUCGUGUGGAGGUGGAGGUGCUGCAGCUCCGGGCAGUGAGGAUCCGAGCCCCCAUCACGCGGAUGAGGACAGGGACCCAGAUGCCAGUCUAUAUCACCGGGAUCACCAGCAGCCAGAACCCUUUCUCCUUUGGCAACGCUGUGCCAGGCCUGACAUUCUACUGGUCUGUCACCAAACGGGACAUCCUAGACAUCCGAGGACGACACCACGAGGCAUCAAUCCAGCUCCCAUCACAGUACAACUUCGCCAUGAAUGUGCACGGCCGCACGAAAGGCCGGACUGGACUGAAGGUGGUGGUUAAGGCCCUGGACCCCACAGCUGGGCAGCUGCACGGCCUUGCCAAGGAGCUCUCCGAUGAGAUCCAGAUCCAGGUGUUUGAAAAACUGCUGCUGCUGAGCCCUGAAAUGGAAGCAGAGCAAAUAUUAAUGUCACCCAACUCGUGUCUAAAGCUUCAGACAAACAGGGAUGGUGCAGCGUCUCUAAACUACCGCAUUCUGGAAGGGCCCGAGAAGGUUCCAGUUGUGCACAUUGACGAGAAAGGCUUGUUGGUGUCAGGAUCCAUGAUCGGGACGUCCACCGUCGAAGUGAUUGCCCAGGAGCCUUUUGGGGCCAACCAGACCAUCAUUGUUGCUGUGAAGGUGUCCCCUGUUUCCUACCUGAGGCUCUCCAUGAGCCCCGUCCUGCACACUCACAACAAGGAGCCAUUGCCGGCCCUACCUUUGGGAAUGACCAUGACCUUCACUGUCCACUUCCAUGACAGCUCGGGAGACAUCUUCGACGCACACAAUUCCGUCCUCAACUUUGCAACUAACAGGGAUGACUUUGUGCAGAUUGGAAAGGGCACCAACAACAACACCUGCGUCAUCCGCUCCAUCAGCGUUGGCCUGACACUGCUCAGUGUGUGGGACACGCAGCACGUGGGCCUUGCCGACUUUGUCCCGUUGCCGGUGCUGCAGGCCAUCUCCCCGGAGCUGCCUGGAGGUGUGAGCGUCGGGGACGUCCUCUGCCUGUCCUCCACCCUCAUCAGCCAGGAAGGCCUCUCAGGCACCUGGAGCUCCUCUGCCAGCGGCACCCUCCAUGUCAACCCUAAGACAGGCGUGGCCGUGGCCCGGGACGUGGGAGCCGUGACUCUGUACUACGAGGUAGCCGGGCUCCUACGCACCUACAAGGAGAUCACGAUUGCUGCUCCGUCGCGGGUCGUGGCCCGUCACAUCCAUGCUGUCCACUCCGGCUCCUCCCAGGAGGUCGCUGCCUCCAGAGUGACCGUCACCUUGGGAGACAGGAGCUCUAACCUCAGAGGCGAAUGCUCUCCUGCCCAGUUGGAUAUCAUCAGGAACUUGCACCCAGAGUCCCUCAUCAGCUGCCAGCUCCAGUUCAAGCACGAUGUCUUUGACUUCCCAGCAGGGGACAUUUUCACCACAGAACCUGGGUUUGACGUAGCUCAGGGCCGAUACCUCUGCACCGUCGUAAUGCAAAGGCUGUCGGACAAGCAGCGGAAGCACCUCAGCAUGAGAAAGACCACCCUGGUGGUCACAGCCUCCCUGGCUGGCAGCUUCCCCGGAGAGCAGGUGGGGGCCGAGGUGCCCUUCAGCCCAGGGCUCUACACUGACGAGGCCGAAAUCCUGCUGAGCAACCAGUACACCAGCUCUGAGGUCAAGGUCUUUGGUGCCGUGGAGAUUCUGGAGAACCUGGAGGUAAAGUCUGGCUCCCCUGCCGUGCUGGCCUUCGUCAAGGACAAAUCUUUCGGACUGCCCAGCUUUGUCACGUACACGGUCAGCGUCUCCGACCCCACCGCCGGCAGCCAGGGCCCCUUGACCACUGCCCUCACUUUUUCUAGCCCCACAACCAACCAAGCUCUCACCCUUCCGGUCACUGUGGCUUUCGUGAUGGACCGCCGCGGGCCCGGGCCUCAUGGGACCACGCUCUUCCAGCACUUCCUGGAUUCUUACCAAGUCAUGUUCUUCACGCUGUUUGCCCUACUGGCUGGGACCGCCGUCAUGAUCAUCGCCUACCACACGGUCUGCACCCCCCGAGAGCCUGCUGCCAUGUCAGCCUUCACGCCCAGAGCCAGCCUGAGGCCCAGCCUCAACUAUUUUGCUGCUUCUUCACCACCUUCUUUAAACGCGCUGCCUCCCAGUCGCAAAGCCAGCCCUCCCUCAGGGCUGUGGAGCCAGGCCUACGCCUCCCAUUAG